AACAUUUGAAAGAGUUACAGACAGAAUAUGGAAAGCUACAGUCGGAUGUUUAUUGGUUUCAGAAGAACCAGACUAACCUUCAGAAGAAGUUCUCAUAUGAUCUGUCACAGUGCAUCAACAAGAUGAAAGAAUUUAAAGAACAAUGUGAAGAAAGGAUAGAUGAGCUUACAAAAAAGAAUAAUGAAGUACCACAAAUCAAAGAAAAUAAAGACUUCUCAAAAGAUUCCAAAAAAGAUAGCCAGGUCAGUACUCAGCAGCCAGAUGUGAAGCAAGCGGAGCUCAAGCAGGCUGAUUCAGAACAGCCAAAACCCACUGAAAAUGUACCUAAAGCAGUACCUACGGUAGAAAAGACAGACCCACUGCAGACUAAAGAACGUAUAAAUAGCCUAGCUGACAUCAGAAAACAGGAGCCUAAGGUAGAAGAGGAGAAGCUUUCCAGUCAACUGAAAAAAACACAGGAUUCAUUCAAUGCUGCUGGAGAUCAUAAGGAUUUACUGCCUGAGUCAGAGAAGGAGCUGAAUCCAUCUGAAGAUGAAAAGCUUGUAAUUGGGCAAGACACAUCACAGCUAGCAGCAGAGCAGGCUGCCAGCGAGGAGAUUGAGAGGGAGCAGCUCCUAAGUUACGAUGCAAAGCAGGAUGACUCGCCCCCUGGGAAGGCUGACAAACAAGACCGUGAAGCACUGAACCAGGACAAGGAUGUUGAUUACAAUUUAGAUGAGAAUGAAGCUGAAUCAGAAACGGACAAGCAAGCAGAACUUGCAGAGAUUGAAAAUGUUCAGAAUUCUGAAGAUGGGAAAAACCACUUAUCUGAGCACAGUGAAGAACGGCAGAGGUUGUGA